AUGGCACAUUCUACUCUUCAUUCCUUGUUGCCAAUAGCCACCAUUUUUCUCUUUAUCCCAUUCAACUCAGGCGACACUCAGUCGUUGAUCGGUCAGAUAUGCAGGCAAACAUCUGAUUCCAGCUUCUGCCGGAGUUUCUUCAACCAACACUUGUACACACCCAACACCGACAUCAAGGGUUUGGCCCAAAUAGCCGUCACACAAACCUUAAUAUACGCGACCAAUACCAAGAUAUUCAUACUAAAGGCCAUAGAAUCGGAAAAGGAUCCGGAGUUAAAAAGUUUCUACACAAUUUGUAAGGAGGGUUACGGGAACCUAGUGAAUGAAUUCACGAGUGCUAAUUUCGAUUUUGGGAAAGGGGAUUAUGAUUGCAUGGUUUUUCACGUCAGAAAUUGUGAGAGGUUUGUGACUGAUUGCCAAAAUGUUCUAGGCAAUAGAGCGCGACAAUUGGGGCCACAAUUCUCAUAA